AUGUCGAGUGUAAAAGAAACGGCCAGUAAAAAGAUCCUUCCACACAUUGAUCCUGGUAGUCUAGAUUAUAUUAUAUAUCAUAAAAAUUGUCCUGACGGAUUUGGAGCAGCUUAUUCGGCAUGGAAAAAACUCGGAACCAAAGCAACAUAUCAUGCCGCAGUACAUAAUGAACCACCACCGUCUGAUUUGAGCGAUAAACAUGUAGGGAUUUUUGAUUUCACUUACUCAAGAUCUAUUAUUAAAGAAUUGGAAAAAAAAGCAAAACUGGUGGUUAUUGUUGAUCAUCAUUUGUCAGCAAAGCUGGAUUUUUUUCCAGCAUCAUCAUCAUCGAUUAGUGAUAAAGAUGAAAAAAAAAGCAAUUAUCAUUUUGAUAUGGAUAAAAGUGGUGCUAGAUUAGCUUGGGAAUUUUUUUGGCCUGAUAAACCUGUUCCAUCAAUGAUUAAAUAUAUUGAGGAUAAGGAUUUAUUUAGAUUUUUGUUGCCUAAAUCUAGAGAAUUUUCAACUUAUUGGGAAGUAAUUCCACUAGAAUUUGAAGAAUAUAACAAAUUUGUUGAAGACGAGAGUUUAAUAAACAACAUCCAAGAAAUUGGUGCACAUAUUUUAAAGUAUCGUGAUUCUAAAGUAACAUAUUUGCUAAAAAAUGUUUCAUACAAACGUAAAAUGACGUUAAGCUUGAAAGAAGCCGGGAAGGAUAAUAAAAUCAUACCUAAAACAUAUAGUGUAUCAGUGAUUAAUUCAUCUAUGUGGCAAUCAGAAUUAGGAAAUAAUUUAAUGAAAUCUAAUUUUAAUAACAAUGACAAAAAAGAAAAAAGUAAAGAGAAGGUAGAAGAAUGUGAUUUUAGUAUGAUUUGGUAUUAUGAUGGUAAUGAUAAACAAUAUAAUAUUAGUUUAAGAAAUUCUUUAUUUUUGGAAGGAGAGGAAGAAGAAUUUGCUUCAUUAUCUGGUUUUUUGGCUUUAUUAUUAUUGCUUGUAGAAGAAAGAUCAAUAUCUUUAUCAGCUUCAAUUGUUAUAUUAUGA